AUGGCCGCAUUACGCCGCCACUCCCCAGGAAAUCUAGGCACAUAUUUGACUGCGACUUCGCGUUACCGGCGCUCCCUACCCCAGCAUGUCCAUGCCCUGGCCAUUCUCAUACCGCUCCAGCAGCAACAGCAACGCGGUUAUGCUACCCAACAGACCCCUUCCACAAAUCCUUUAGAGCAAUCACCAUUCCCUCCUCCAGGAUUUAGCGCGGACCUGGCGAAGAAACCACUCCCAGCAGAGACUGCACAGAAACCCACACCGGCAUCAUUACAGUCAGAGAAAACUGAAUGCGAACCCCGCGAGCAGAUCCAAGUUACGGCCGCCACGGAUAGAUCGCCAGCGAAAGGGUUGGUUGCGGAAGGAAGGGAUUUAAGUUCACAUGAUGUUGAAGCUGCAGAAAUAACGGCUGUUGAGGAGAAGAAAGAAACUAAGAAACUUACCCUGGGUCAGAGGAUCAAGAAGGAGGCCCAGCAUUAUUGGGAUGGGACAAAGCUGUUGGCUACGGAAGUCAAGAUCAGUACACAACUUGCUCUAAAAAUGGCAGCUGGUUAUGAACUUAGCCGCAGAGAACAUCGACAACUCCGACGUACAGUUCAAGAUUUGGCUCGACUGGUACCUUUCUCUGUCUUUGUUAUCGUCCCAUUCGCUGAAUUCCUUCUACCGGUCGCACUAAAGCUCUUCCCAAACUUGCUUCCCAGCACUUAUGAAGGUCAAAAGUCCAAAGAAGAAAAGGCGGCUAUACUUCAGGCUACGCGGAGGGAAAUGGGGUCUUUUCUUCAGAAUACCCUUAAGGAGACUGGCCUUCCAGUCAAUUCCAGAUACUCUAAAAAGGAAGAGUUCACUGAAUUUUUUAGAAAGGUUCGAGCUACAGGAGAAUCUCCCUCCGAAGACGAUGUUAUAAAGGUCUGCCAGACCUUCAAGGAUGAUCUCACCUUGGACAACUUGUCACGACCCCAACUGGUGGCAAUGUGCAAAUACAUAAAUCUCAAUACUUUCGGUACAGACGCAAUGCUCCGGUACAAUGUGCGUCACCGGAUGCGUCAGAUUAAGCGUGAUGACAAAGCCAUCUCAUUUGAAGGCGUUGACACUCUUUCCGUUCCCGAACUUCAGAUGGCUUGUGCUUCGCGUGGACUACGCACUCAUGGUAUCUCUCCAGGCCGUCUGCGGGAUGACCUGUCCAUGUGGCUAGACCUACGGCUCAAGAAGGGCGUGCCUUCGACCCUCCUCGUCCUCAGCAACGCCUAUAUGUACACGCAGAAUUCCCAGGACUACGAAAUUUCUUCCCAGAUCGAUGCUCUCCGAUCCGUCCUGUCCAGCAUCCCCGAAGAGCUCUUCCACGAAAUUGAGCUCGAGGUGCAUAAUGCCGAAGGCGCGGCUACCAACAAGCAACGUCUUGAGGUUAUCAAGGAGCAGCAAGAGCUCAUUGAAGAGGAAAACGAGCAAAACACUGAAAACGAAGAGGCUGGUGUUACUGCUCCGAAGGAUCAUGAGGAUAUCGAUGAGACGGACGACAAGAACAUGGAGGCAGCGGCUCCAGGUCAGGAAACCCAGAGUUCGGAGGCUCGGGAAUCUGAAAAUGAUACCGAGAAGCAGCAGGAGAAGGAGAAAAAGGAAUAA